AUGCACGACUGGUCCUGGCAAGUCCCCUUCCUCCUAUCCCACAACCUCCGCGUCAUCUCCAUCGACAGCCGCGGCCAGGGCAAAUCCUCCGCCCCGCCGCCCGACCCCACCAUCCGCACCUGGCCCGGCCCCGAGAAAUCCGCCGACCCGGAGGUGAUAGACUACUACCCGCAAUCCACAGCCGAAGACAUGCUCGCUCUCCUAUCCCACCUCAACAUCACCAAAAACCUCGUCGUCGUCUCUCACUCCCUAGGCGACGCAGCGGGGUACUACAUCGCCACAUCCCGUCCGGACCUCGUAAAAGCCUCCAUCGGCGUAGACCCAAUCCACGCCUUCUCCAACGCCGUCCGCGAACGCGACGCCUACCUCUUUGACGAGCCCGACGCCAAGGACAAGAUCGUCCCGACGCUCGUCGAGUUCUUCAGCACAUACUGCUACUCUCCCGAAUGCCCAGCCUGGCAAAAGACAUGGCACCUCCGCCGCAUGGCGCAGUUCGACGGAGCCGUCAUGUACGCGCUCUGCUGGGGCGGCUGGGGCGACGCAGAGCACAGCUUGGGCAGGCAAGAGAACGCAGUCAAGGCCUUUGGAGGAAAGCUCAAGUGCCCGCGACUGACGCUGGGUUCGAACUAUUGGUAUGUCGCUACUGAUCGUGAGCAUCUGCCGAAGGGUGAUGAGGCGCUGGAUGAGAUCGUGUUGAUCGAGGGCAAGGGCCACUGGUUUCAUCAGCUCGAGAGCGAGGAGUUUAAUGGGCACUUGAAGAGGUGGUUUCAAAAGAUCGGCGUGCUACCGGCGGUAAAAGCAGGCGCGGCGUCAUGA